AAUCACAGCGCAGCUCUGCGUCAGGCUUGUUAUUCAUAAAGGAGGGUGUUGCAACAUCGAGACAUUCAGUUCUACUACAACAACGAAGACAACAACACGAGACUACAGAAACAUGGAGAUAAUACAAGCGAAGAUUUGACGAAAGACACCGAAAGAUGGCACAAACUUGCCAAAAAAUGAGGCGACAGUACAUCGACGUGUAUCGGUCACUGAAAAAUACAAGAAAUCUGCUGGUUUUUGUCGAGGAAUACCAGAAUACGUGAGGAGUUUUUGACAAAAUCGGAGAGGAAAGGAGUGAAGAUGGCUACUGUUGUUGGUUCCGAUAACGGUUCUGAACGUACGGCGAUGGAGAGGUUUGGUAGCGGAGGGAUGGCGCUUCUUCCCUGGACUAAACAGAUACUCACCGUGCUGUGGGAACAGCUUCGACUGCUGCUUCAGGUCAUUUACUACACCUUCAUGUCAGGUACGGAGAAAAUUAAUCACAAGUUUCACCUUUAACAUUAAUGCAAACCUACUCUGGUGUUGUUUAUCUGCUGCGUGACUAACGCUUUUGACUUGACUAGGAGGGGGUUUCUGUAAUUAGUCAAAGUGAUAACAGGAAUUUACGAUACAAUAAAAACAAAACCAGUAAAAUUCCCUACGAACUUCCUUUUCCUUAGUCAAAUUAGGUCUCACACUGUUAUCAGUUUAUAUCUCUGAAAUUUGAGCUUAGUCUGUGUCAUGUUUACAACCCGAUCCAGUGGCUGUGCACGAUAUUAACGGUAGAAUAACGGUAUCGCCAAUAUCGUAGAAAGUUACCGAUUCUUAUUGAUAAAUUGUUUGCAGAUGACAGCUUAUGCACAACUGAAAUUAGUUUCACAAUUUUUGCUGUAUGGAUAUUUACUGUAUACUUUUUUUUGUAAAAUCAGAUUUUGUUUGUACAUUACAAUAGUCUUGCACAGGAGAGGCUUUGUGUUUUUUGCAAUUACAGAAAGAAAUAUUUAAGUUUUUGUAUCAUCACCAACCAUAUCCAUAUGCUUGGUGAUAACCCUAAUAAUAACUUUUACACCUAUUCUUUGGUAUCUAUUUGGCAACCUCCCACUGAGCAUUUUUUGGUCUAAAAGAGGUCUAAUAGAUGUCUAAAUGUAGCCUAGACGACUGGUCUAAAAUCAGGCUACCACAGGUCUAAAAAUGAAAGUUUUUGCUCAGUGGGCUCAUAGUUAGGUUGUAUUUUUUUGAUUUUUGUUUUUUUACGAACAGUCAAACACAGUUCUGUUGCCAGGUCUACCUUGUGUAGUAAAAAUAAUCAACCAUAUCUCAAACCCUUGGCCCCGUCUUAUGGUGUCGUCAUGCUCUUUCCUAUCAAACAAAAACCCUGAUAAUGGUACAUUUUUGUUGUCACCCAGCUGCACGUUUAAAGGCAGCUGUCGUGGUGCUUUGCUUUCUUGUGACAGAGAUCAUAUUUACACUGUGAGUCUUGAAUUUAACACCCGCCUCUGAUUUUCCAGUUUUUCAGAUGUUCCGGCUCGAGGUUCACCUGAGAAUCACAGACGAGACAGGUCAGCACAUCCAGCACAUGAGUGCAGCAGCCAGUCAGACAGACACCUUCCUGUUCUCCUCGUUAUUUGACGGAGAAAACGGCGUGAUGGUUGGCGGUUCCAAUCCCCUCUCUAACUUCUGUGCCGACGUCGGCGACCCCUUCACUGGGAAAUCUCCCGCUGAGGCCCUGCUAUCUAGUCUGCGAGCUGACGACCUGUGCUGCGGAUUAGUGGACGACUUUGUGUCCAGAGCGAGCGGCAAAGAAGACGGCAUCUUUCUUGGACACCAAUCCAGCUGGAAAAUGGGUUUCCCCGGCGACUGGAACAUCUUUGUAUCGAGCAGCGACAGUUCAACCGACGGCUGCCAUAAGAGUCGAGAGAAAGUCUUCAAGCAGGAAAUUUCAAAGGAGAAAGUUUUCAAACAGGACGCCUCAGAGGAGGAGAAGAGCUCUCAUUGGAGUAGUGAAGAAGACCAGAACGUGGUAGAAUUUGACAGUGAGGAAAGUCGAGCCCUUUGGGAGUCUCUGUCAAGAUCCAGCGAUCCUUAUAACCCUUUCUUUUUCUCCGCCUGCAUUUCAACAAACACCAACAUGGGGAAAAAUAAAAGUGAAGUGAGAGAUGGCAGCCCUGCGGACGUCAUGUCUCUGAGCAAAGCCACAGAGGAGGUGUUGGGGCCUUUGGGCCUCAACAUCUGGGUCAGUCGCUCUGACAGUGAGAGCAGCUGGAGUAGUUGGGCCAGUUCUGACAGUUCGAGUCCUGACAUCGAUAAGGAGGAGAAUGAGAGGCUGCUGGAGUUCUUCAGCAGUCCUGGAGACCCCUACAAUCCUAUGUGCUUCACUGCAUGCACAGAAACCACCACGUCCCCUAAAACCACCAACACCAGCACAGUCUCUAAGGCCUCUUCUGCUCCCCCCUCCAAGUCUGACACUGACACUGAGGAGAAGACCAGCAGCUUUCCUCCUUCAUCUGAGGAUGAUGAAGAAGAGCAGCUGUGGAAAUCUCUCAGCCUGAAGGACGAUCCAUACCACCCUCUUAACUUUCAAGCCUGCCUCAAGACAAACACAACAACAAAGACACUCCAGUCUGGAAAAGACCCAGCUCCCCUCGAGGUCCCCCCGUCUGUGAAGGGCAAGAAAUGUGAAAAACAGUCACUUCAAAAAUCAAGAGCCACCAAGCCCCGUCUGCCACAAAGGCGGACAAAACAACACUCCCAUCCAGAAACAACAUUCGUACCCUGGAGAAGAUCCCGACAAGCCCCUCCAUCAGAGCCAGGAGAGAGGAAGGACAAUAAGACCAGCAACACCCAGAAAAAGGUAAACAGAGUACUUUAACAGAGUUCAUUUUACCACUUUAUUUAACUGUAAACAGGAAUUUUGACUCAGACAGACACAGCAGCGUAUUCACUCCCUUUACAUUUAAAUUAAGUCCAUUUUUUCAGAGGGGAGUGUCUCUCGCUGACUGUUGCUUCUAAUUUUGAGACCUGUCGUCUAGUGAGGCUUAGUUCUUCCUCCAGUAGACACCAACUGUGCUGAGUUGUUGUCUGUUGAGUAGCAACACCGCAUGUUGUCAUGACUAAGCCAGUCAUGUGACUGCGGCGAGUCAGCAGAGACUUGGACUUCCUCACGGACUAAAUAAAGUUGCAGCAGUGUUGCAAAGUCAUUUGAAAACCUCGAGUAUUGGUGUCUUGUUGCAUCAGAUUCAGAGAAAUAAACCCUGAGGCUGAAAAAUUACUUCCUAAUCACGAUUUCACUCGCAUCAGAGAACUGAGUGUGCUGCUGGGAAAGCACAGGAUUCUGAUGUGUGAUUUUUUUUGUUAUUUUUACAUUAAACUGAGCCGACUUCCUGUGAAGUGACCUCUUCUCAAAGAUUAGAUAUCCCUGUACAGUCACCAGCACAUGUAGUUUAGAUUAAAGUGCUUUGUGAGUGAGAAUCUGUCAGAGAUAAAAGAUUGUGUAUCUUAUAUCAAAACAGCAUCAUGUGUCUUUGUGACUAAGUGUUGAGUUUCUGUCUCUGUUUUGAACUUCAGGUGCAGUUUUCCCCUCUCGUCCAAGUCCACGUCAUGCACACCUGGCCAUUCGCUCGGCAGGCGUCUCGUAAAGGACACUGGGAAGAAAUGGCAAGAGACCGGGACCGCUUCCGGAGGCGGAUCCAGGAGACGGAGCAGGCCAUCGGGUACUGCUUCACCCAGCCUCACAGAGAGAGGAUGCGGGCGUUCGUGGACUGUGCCUUGAAAUAAAAAAACAAAAACACUGAAUGUUGAAUUUCCUUUCUGAAUGAGAAAUUGUGAUUGGUUGCAAUGCAACAGUGAUUUUUGAUGUAGGCCAAUUAGAAAAUGGAUGUUAGGCCAACCUUAAUGUUGGGUGUCCAGUUGAACAACUUUGUACCUCAUCGGGUUUUUACAUUGUGUGCACUGACGGACACUUUCUUCUAUUAACCUCAGCAUUACUGUGUGGAAUGUUGUUUUUGUAUGCCUUAUAUACUGACCUAGUAAUGUAACUUAUUUAUGCCCUAUGGAGCUCGUCCUUUAUUAUUUUUUACCUUUUGAUAGUGUUUCUAUGUGUGUGAACAGACAAGAAUUCAAGUAGAUCAUCUCCUCAAAUCAGAGUUUUAUGGUUCAAAGUGUUUGAUCGUUUUAAGCAUGAUGGGUACAAUCAUUAGUUCUGGUGCAAUGCUGGUCUUAUUGUUCAGAUCUUUGAGUUUUUUAUUUGAGUUUUGUCUUGUAUUUUAUCGUUCAGUUUGAUAACGACAGUCUCUUUGACUCCUUUGUUCUCCUACCCACUGAAAAGACAGAAAAACACGCACUCGGAUUUUUGUGGCAACAUUUCACCGCCGAGAGUAAAAAUGUGAUGAAAAAAUGUCUGUAGCAAACUUUUCCAUGAGGUGAUUUUUCAGUUCAAUAAAAUGUGUCACAAUGUA